GGCCGCACCUCCUGGGAGGGCACGGCGGCCGCCACGAGUCCCGGCCAGGGGAAGAGGGGGCCGGCCGGGGCGCGAUGACUGCUGUGGCCACGGAGGCGGCGGCGGCGGCGGCGGCAGCGGGGGGCGCGCGGAGGCUGCAUGCCAGGAUGGAGGCUUCCUGUUUGGAGUUAGCCCUUGAAGGGGAACGUUCCUGCAAAGCUGAGGAUUUCAGAGCUGGCGUGGCCUUCUUUGAAGCAGCUGUGCAAAUGGGGACAGAAGAUCUGAAAACCCUGAGUGCCAUUUACAGCCAAUUGGGCAAUGCCUACUUCUACCUGAAGGAAUAUUCCAAAGCUCUUGAGUACCAUAAGCAUGAUCUCACACUAGCAAGAACCAUUGGGGAUCGCACUGGAGAGGCCAAAGCCAGCGGGAAUCUAGGCAACACACUCAAAAUCCUUGGGCAGUUUGAUGAAGCUAUUGCCUGUUGCCAAAGGCACCUGGAAAUUUCUCAGGAGCAAGAGGAUAAGGUCGGGGAGGCCAGAGCACUGUAUAACAUUGGCAACGUAUACCACGCCAAAGGAAAGCAAUUCUCUUGGAGUCUGCCAUGGGAGCCAGGGCACCUGCCUCAGGAAGUCCAGGAAACUCUGGAGAGGGCAUCUGCAUUUUAUUUGAGGAACCUGUCUCUGGUGAAGGAACUGGGAGACAGAACUGCCCAAGGCCGGGCAUAUGGCAAUUUGGGCAACACCCAGUAUUUGCUUGGAAACUUCAGCAAAGCUAUUGUAUUCCAUAAACAGAGACUUGCCAUUGCCAAGGAGUUUGGGGACAAGGCUGCUGAAAGGAGGGCGUGCAGCAAUUUGGGCAACGCCCACAUCUUCCUGGGAAGGUUUGACAUCGCUGCCGAGUACUACAAGAAAACCCUACAACUUUCCAGGCAGCUGAAGGACCAAGCCAUGGAGGCUCAGUCUUGCUAUAGCCUUGGAAAUACAUACACCCUCCUCCAAGACUAUGAGAGAGCCAUAGAAUUCCACCUGAAGCACUCGGCAAUUGCCCAGGACCUUGAGGAUAGAGUGGGAGAAGGAAGAGCCUGCUGGAGUUUACAAAAUGCCUACCUCUCCAUUGGGAGCCAUGAACAAGCCCUGUGCUUUGCAGAGAGACAUCUGGAAAUCUCCCAAGAGAUUGGCGACUAUAGUGGGGAGAGAACUGCUGGAACAAACAUUGCCCACUUGAAGUCUCUCUUGGGAGAUGAACAGGACACACCUACUUGUGGUACUGGCUAUGAAGCACAAGGGGCCCGACCAAAGAAGAUCCAAAUGAACAGCGCGAAUAGCCCUGGCACCCUUCAGUUUCCCUCUGGAAAGGACCAGAAUGGAGAAAGUCACUACGUGACCGACCUGAAGUCCACUGGAAAAGAGUAUUUGUCACUCCCUGCCGGAUCCAGUAAAUACAGGGAAAGCCAAACAGUUUUUGAAGCAAAAUCUCCAAUGUCUAGCGGAUUCCCUUUGGAAGCCAGUGAUGUCCGAGUCCAGUUGAAAAUAAAGCGGGCCCCUUCAGAAGAGGAGUGCUUCUUUGACCUGCUGAGCAAAUUCCAGAGCAACCGAAUGGAUGACCAGCGCUGCACCCUGGAAGAAUGCCAGAAGGAAGCAGGGGAAGCUGCCUCCACACCACUGCCUGUCCUGGAGGAGAGAAGACCGCAGUCCUCGUCCUUGGCUUCUCCACAGACUGAGGAGCUCUUUGACCUCAUUGCCAGCUCACAGAGCAGGCGGCUCGAUGACCAGCGUGCAAAUGUGGGAAACCUGCCCGGCCUGCGCAUCACACACAACAAUAUGAGCCAUCUCCGCAUGGAAGGUGAUUCACACGAGCCAGGCGACGAAUUUUUCAACAUGCUCAUCAAAUGCCAGUCCUCCCGCAUUGAUGACCAGCGGUGCACUCCACCCAACUCUAUCCCACAUGGCCCCACUUUGCCAGAUGAGGAUUUUUUCAGCCUCAUCCAACGAAUCCAAGCCAAGCGCAUAGAUGAACAGAGAGUAGACCUGGCCUCAGCCCAGGACGAAGAGGAAGAGGAGGAAAAGCAGCCUGUAGAUGAGGAGUUGAAUCAGUAGAAGAAACCCUGCUCCAGCUAAGGAGUCAGUGGGGUGGGGGGUGGGAGGUUUGGCUUUGGAGUGUUACCCACUGAAUGGAGGAUCUCAGCUACUCCUCCCAUAUCAAGUCCUCUUUGUGUCACUUCCUCUUAGACAAGAAGCAUGUGGGUGUGUGAACUGCAACUUUGCUGAAUCUUGCCCUUCCUUUGCUCUACUCCAGAGUGUCUCUACAAGACAACAAAAUCUAUGGGAAGGGGGCAUUUUUGAAGGCAAAUUUUCUUUGCAUCCCACUCUGAUUUCUGAAGGAAGAACUUGGCUAAAAACAGAAGAUGAAGGAGAGGGAGAUCCAUGAGGAACAUUCAAGGAGGAUAACCCUGUCAUUGCUUAUUGAUCUUGAUAACAGAGAAUGGAAACUUCUGAGAAGCACAUUGGGGACAGUGUUUGCCUUCAUGCCAUGCUCGGAAGCCUUUGACUGGCUGCUCCUGGAACCAGAGUGCUGGGCUCGGAGGGGCUGCUGCAGUCAGGCAGCCAGCUCUUUGCAUUUUGUGCCAGUGGGCAUGCAGCCAAAACUCAUAAGCAAACCCUUGGACACCUGAAUGGGACAGCCCAGAGCAUCUGCUCUCAGAGCAGUCUGUGCUUCUGGUCCCAUAAAUCCCAGUUCUGUGCCCAGACAACGCCAUUUCAGAAUUCUCGUAGAAACAGUGAUAAUCAUGACAUCUGCAAAUGAAUUGGCUUACUUUGCUCUCACCUCGUUAUUUAAGUUGCUUGAAGUAAUUGGGUUUAGUCUUUGUGGAAGCAGAGUGAAAGCAUGGCAUGGGGAAAGAUGCCCAGUGGGAGGCAGAAGGACCCUGUUGCCUCCAGGAGCGCUGGGGGUUAGAAGGCUUCUCCUAAUUCUUCCCAAGUAGCUCAUUCUGCAGGACAUUCAUUGAUGGACAGAAGGCUCUUUUACCCUUCUGCCUCCUCAGCUGCCAACUGAACAUGUUCGUUUGAAAUACUUCAUGGUGUCCAUUGCACAUUUUUAGCUUGGGGGCGGGGCAGAUACUUCCUCUUGCUUCCUUGGUCUCUGUGAUUGUAUCUGAACUCCUUCAGUCUGGCAGCUGCCUUGUUCUGCACAAAUCAGGCUUGAAGUAAGAGAGACCUUCAGUGCAGCUCUGCCCUCCUUUCACUUCUGGAACCUCAGCCUGCCCCCAAAAUACAAGAUAUUGAUUCUGUUGCAUUACAAAUCCAUUUGUGGCCUCCAUUUUUUCCCAGUCCACUAGUGGGUGCCUAUAAACCAUCUAUGCAAUUUCAGCCAACUUUCACUCCAGCACUGAGAACUGAAUGCCUUCUAUGGAUCCCACCACUCUGUCCUGUUUCCUGUUGAUGUGACUUCGGUCGGUUUGGAUUACAGUGCAGCUUUCUUCAGCUCUUCUUUGCAUUCAUAUCUUGCCAGGAUCAAAAAAGCCCAUGCUGGAAGACUGGCCAUGAAGGGGGAGGGGCCAGUCCUUUGCUCCAUCACUGCUGCCACACAGGUCCAUGAAGAGGACAGCUGCAUAGCCCACACCUUCACCCAUCAGCUCUGGAGGAAGAAACCGGGCUGCUGCUGAGGGUAGGCAGGAAAGUGGCCCAGCAGCCACAUCAUCCUUGGCUUCCCUCCCGGACUUGCCAAGGCCAGGAGGCAACUGUGUUGCAUCUCUGCAUGCAUUCAUACACCCCCAGCUCACCACCAUCAUACUUGCCCAGGGGGAAACUGACCCCAUAGUGGGGCUGCCUGUUCCUUCCUCUUUGUGAAGGCUUGAGUGUGUUACAAGAUCAUCAGGUUUGAGGCAGUGGAUGCUUCCUUAUUUACCCAUGUAAAUAACACGGGCCGCAUCCCAAAGAUGUGGCUGGCAUCUACAGUUGUCCCAAUCUACAAAAAGGGUGAUAUUACAAAUCCUUCAAAC